GCAGCCAGCCCUGCCAGGCAAGGGUUAAACGGGGCCAAGCGGCUCCAGAGGCGCUGGGGCUGCUGCCACCGAGCUGGGGGAGAGGUGGAUGGAGUUCUUCCCUCUCCCAGGGUGCUGGGAUUCUCUGGCUCACACCCGCAUCUCGUGCAAGGACGUCCCUGCAGAGACGCUCUAUGACGUGCUGCACGACACCCGCUACCGCAGCAAGUGGGACUCCAACAUGAUCGAGACCUACGACAUCGGCCGCCUCACCGUCAACGCUGAUGUGGGAUACUACUCCUGGAAGUGCCCCAGCCCCCUGAAGAACCGGGAUUUCGUCACGCUGCGCUCCUGGCUGCCCCUGGGCAAUGACUACAUGAUCAUCAACUACAGCGUCAAGCACCCGAAAUACCCACCCCGCAAGGAUUUCGUGAGGGCUGUGUCCCUGCAGACUGGGUACCUGAUCAAGGCCAACGGGGACGGCGCCUGCAUCCUCUAUUACCUCACCCAGGUGGACCCUCGAGGGUCGCUGCCGAAGUGGGUGGUGAACCGCGUGUCCCAGUUUGUGGCACCCAAGGCCAUGAAGAAGAUCUACAAGGCUGGGCUGAAGUACCCGGAGUGGAAGCGGCGGCACGACCCCGGCUACAAGCCCUGGGUGUACCCCGAGCCCCUGGAGAACAUCGACGAGACCGGCCUGCCCGAGGAGCACCUGAGCACCAGCGACCACGAGGCCUGAGCCCUGAGCACAGGGAGCCCCCUCGGCACCCAGGCUUGGCACCCAGGGGGCACAGCUGGGAAUCUGGGCUGUCCCUGCUUUCCCAGAGUCAGAUCUGCUCUCCAAGUCCUUCAUCGUUGACCCCUCUCCCUACCCAGGCACUGGGAAAUGUCCUGUGGGAUCUGUGCAGCCACAGGGGCUGGGAAGAGGCAGGGUGGGCACCCUGGUGGUCCCUGUGCCCAUAGAGAUGUCCCUGCAGGAGACAGAGAGGGCAGUGGGUGUUCAAGGGCUUUCCUGGCACCUGGAUAUGUCUCUGCCUCUCUAUGACCCUCAAAGGCCCAGAAGAGGGGGGUCUGUCAGGGUCCUGCCCAGGCUUUGCAGCAGCACAAGGUUUGCAUUGACCCUGUCUGGCCUGCCCGAGGUCAGGCUGGACCCACUGCAGCCCUCCACACCCCUCCCAGCUUAGUGUGACCCCUCCCCAUCUCAGGGAGCCCUCCCAGGCCCUCUGCUGAGCACCAGGCUCACCUCUGCAGGCUGGCUCCAGCCCAGCUGGCUCUGGGGACCCCUUCCCCUGCUGUUUGUGGGGUCCUGGGCCUCCUGUGUCCCCAUUCCCCCAGUGUUUGCUGCUGCUGUGGUUCCUGGCACAAUAAAGGGGUUGGUGUGUGUGA